AUGUCAGUUAUUAGUGGUAAUUCUCCAAGCAUGCAACACACUCAAGAUAUCUCAUUCCAAGAACAACAUACCAGUCUCUCAAGUGAUUUGCCAAAUCCAUUACAGUUGGAUUCCAUGUUGCAGACUCUAAAUUUGGGUAAUACUGGGAUGUCUGCUAUGAAUAAUGAAUUUUCUUUGCCAACUAAACGAAAGAUGAUAUUUAUCUUGAGGUUAAGUGGAUUACCAAGUGAUAUAACCUCCAGAGAAGCGCAUGCCUUGUUUGCACUUGCAACAGGUACAAUCUCCAUUGAAUUGAAAAAAGAAUCUAAUGGUAACGGUACGGAAGAAGAACAUGUAGUGAUUGCUAAAUUUGAUUCCUUCCCAUUAGUCUCUCAAUAUGCUGCAACGAUAAACUCAAAGACAUCGAUCUUUGGAUCUGAUUUUGCUUCAAAGAUAAACGUUGAAAUUAUCGAUGAGUCUACAAAUGAACGUUUAUCAAUUCCUAAUAUUUACCAUUCACCGAAUGAAAUCAAAUCAAAUAAUUUGCAUGCUGAAUUCAUGAACAGUUUCUCAGUUCCUCAAAAAUCCAGAUUUUCAUUCAGUAAUACUUAUUCCAAUGAAAACGAAAAUCAUUUACCCACUUCUCAAAAUUUAUCUCAACCAGAUCUAAACAUCCACUCUGGAAUCUCACAAAGUGAUGCAGGUAAAAACUUUUUACUUCAAGGUAAUGAUGAAAUUAAUGACAGCAUUUGGGGUUCCAAUAGUAUUUCAUCUUUAAUGAAUGGAUUCAGUAAUGGUGGUUCAUCUGCCGGUCAACUUGACUGGGCCUCCCCUCCCGCUAAGAGUGCUAAUCCAAUGAUGUACAUGCCUAGUGGACUUGGUUCUAACAUUGCUCCAUCUCAUUCAAUGGAUUCGUUAUCUCAAGGGCAAGGUGUUCCGCUUCUUCAUCAAACAAAUAGCAAUAUUUUAUCAUCAAGUCAACCUCAAGGAAAUUUUGGAAUGAGGAUGCAAGUUCCAAAUAAUGCGAACACACAUCCAAUGACAACAAACCCAAUACCAGUCAAAGGUGUUGAUAUGAAUACACCAACAAAAAAUGCCCAGUAUAAAACAACUAUUUCCAGUACAUCUUUGACUCCUAUAAAUAAUGAUUCAAAGGUCAUUAAUAAUAACCCUGCUAACGCAACGACACCUCAAAAAUCAUCUGUUAGAUCAUCGGGUAUAAAAGAUGUCAAUAGUUCAAAAGUUUCGGGAUCAGCUACACCAUCUGUUCCAAACAACGGAACUGGCAUCGUUGGUAUUUCACAAGCUGAUUUGUCAUUACUUGCACGUGUUCCACCACCAGCCAAUCCUGCUGAUCAAAAUCCGCCAUGCAACACUCUUUACGUUGGGAAUUUACCACCAGAUGCCACUGAACAAGAAUUAAGACAGUUAUUUUCAAGCCAACCAGGUUUCAGAAGAUUGUCAUUCAGAAAUAAGAAUAAUAAUGGCAACGGGCAUGGACCAAUGUGUUUUGUUGAAUUCGACGAUGUUAGCUUCGCAACAGUUGCUUUAGCUGAACUAUACGGUCGUCAAUUACCAAGACCUGUAAUAAGUAAUAAAGGUGGUAUUAGAUUAAGUUUCUCCAAAAACCCGCUUGGUGUUAGAGGUCCCAAAUCAAGACGUUCUGGGAAUGCUGGUAUGACUUCCAAUAACAACAGUACAACUUCAUUCAACAACGCGCCAUCCAAUACUUCAGACUCUAAUUCUGGUGGUAACUACAGUUAUAUACUAGGCUAUACUAAGAAUUGA